GUGCUUACUAGACUGCAUUACAUUUUUAUUUAUUUAUUUUUUAUUUGCAGCUUCCUUAUUGUGCUGAUAUGCCUUAUCUUCAGCGUCCUUUCUACAAUUGAACAGUAUGCAGCUCUUGCUACAGGGACCUUAUUUUGGAUGGAAAUUGUACUGGUGGUAUUCUUUGGGACAGAAUAUGUGGUUCGGUUAUGGUCAGCAGGAUGCCGCAGUAAAUACGUUGGAAUAUGGGGAAGGCUCCGUUUUGCAAGGAAGCCUAUUUCAAUCAUUGAUUUAAUUGUGGUUGUUGCUUCCAUGAUAGUUCUUUGUGUGGGCUCUAAAGGUCAAGUCUUUGCAACUUCAGCUAUCAGGGGCAUCCGAUUUCUGCAGAUUUUACGAAUGCUGCAUGUUGAUCGUCAGGGUGGUACGUGGAGGCUGCUGGGAUCAGUAGUGUUCAUACACAGACAAGAACUGAUCACUACACUCUACAUUGGAUUUCUGGGCCUGAUUUUUUCCUCUUAUUUUGUAUACCUGGCUGAAAAAGAUGCUGUAAACGAUUCUGGAGAAACAGAGUUUGGCAGCUAUGCAGAUGCCCUGUGGUGGGGAGUAGUAACUGUUACAACUAUUGGCUAUGGGGAUAAAGUGCCUCAGACCUGGAUAGGGAAGACCAUUGCAUCUUGUUUUUCAGUAUUUGCAAUUUCAUUUUUUGCACUCCCUGCGGGAAUUCUUGGUUCAGGCUUUGCCCUAAAGGUACAACAGAAACAACGACAGAAACAUUUCAACCGUCAAAUUCCAGCUGCUGCCUCUCUCAUACAG